AUGCAGCUUACCCGCAGCACUGCACUUGCUACGCGGCGGGGAUCGAGAUCAAUCUCAACCGAUGACCUGAUAUUCUUGAUUCGGCACGACAAAGCCAAGGUUUCACGUCUCCGGACGUUCUUAUCUUGGAAGGAUGUGCGCAAGAACGUCAAGGACUCUGAUGACAAGGGUGGUGGCGAUGCAGCCGAUUUUGCUGCAGCCGAUGAUGCGGCUGGUGUGGUCGCUGGUCCCCAGGAUGUUGCUGCCAAGCCAAAGAACAAGAGAGCCAAGGUUGGGCUGGCAUGGGAUCCCAACAGCUUCUUCUCCGUCCAGGUACCGGAGCGCGAAGACGAAGAAGACGAAGAGGAAGAAGAGCAGAACUACGCCACUCUGCAGCGCUUGGCUGCCGCCGACGAGCGUACCAAGCACAUGACGAAAGAGGAAUACGUCUUUUGGUCCGAGUGUCGCCAGGCCUCCUUCACCUACCGCAAGAGCAAGCGCUUCCGCGAGUGGGCAGGCUUUGGUAUUGUGACCGAGUCCAAGCCCAACGACGACAUCGUUGAUAUCCUGGGCUUCCUUACUUUCGAAAUCGUCCAGACUCUAACAGAAGAGGCGCUCAAGGUCAAGGAGCGUGAAGACCACGAGAAGAACCGUGGCGGUCCUGACGCCGGCGACAGCGCCAAGAAGCGCAAGCGCGAGACUGGCCUGUUCGAUCCGCCCGAGGAAGGCCGCACCCGAAUCGAACCUCGACACAUUCGUGAGGCCUACCGCAAACUCCAAGCCACACCUCAGAAAUCAGUGGCGAUGCUUCUCCACAACGCCCGCGUACCUGCUCGCCUUCCUUUGCGACUAGUCAGUAUACCAACUCACGGUUACUUAUCAUAUUACUGA